AUGAAGGCCGUGUGGCUGGGGGUAUUGUCAUGGUGGAGCUUGAUCGCGUCGGAUGCUCAAUCGACGGUCGGAACGCAAAACUUCGCACACACGAUUCACGUUUUCGUCGGUUCUGGCCGUCCAGAACGGGCAUGUGUCAGUCGACGUGUACCAAAUGUAAAUGGUUUAUUUCACGUAAGCGCCCUCGUGCUUUUUGUGGCGCUGACAAUAAUUUGCGCCUCUUCGAUAAUUGCGUUCCUGUUGUUGCAACUGGGAGUGGACCAUUGUUGCCUCUGCUUGAAGCUGCUGCUACCUCCUCGUCUGGUUGCGUCUUGCUGCCAGUCCACUACCGACGAAAAUGACGGAAUGCGAUAUCAUUCUUCUCACAAGGAAACACAAGAUAAUCUUGAAGGAUGGAAGAAUUUUAUGCCCAAAGUUAUCGUGGCUCGUGACAUAGUACAACGACCAUCGGCACUUACCGUUGAUUCCUGGAGAGAUAACAUUAUUAUAACCUGUCCAGGAUCAAGACGGAUUGUCGUUCUCGACAAGAAGUUCAAACUUAUACGGAAAAUUCGUCAUCAGGAGAUGAUAGCACCUCAAGGAGUAGCCUUCCUGCAGAAACACGAUGAAAUAUAUGUGACAGAUAAAUGGAAGCACUGCAUUUUCGUGUUCAAUCACAAGGGUGAACUUGUUUAUCGCAUGUGCAAUAAAGGUUAUGGAAAGUCAGAGUUGUGUUCGCCGGAAGGUAUCACAUUUCAUCCGGAACGCAGUGUACUUUACAUCGCUGAUACUGGAAACAAUCGUAUCCAGAUUCUUGAGAAGGAUGGCACGUAUUUGGAUAGCAUCGGACCCAAAAAUAAAAACACAGGAGAUACUGUCAAAUUCCGCAAAACUGGUCCAAGCAAAUUGAAUCAACCGACUGAUGUAGCUGUCACAAUAAUGCAUGUCAUCGUUGCCGAUUCCGGUAAUCACAAAAUAAAGAUAUUCAAUCAUGAUGGACAAAUUCUUCAGUCGAUUGGUGGCAUCGGAACAACAAAGGGUUUAUUUAGAUCACCUGAAGUACUGAAGAUUGAUGAUAAAGGAUACAUCAUUGUUGGUGACGCUGGAAAUGGAAGAGUACAAAUUUUCUCUCCAGAAGGCAAAAAUUUAAGAUUUUUAUUCUACCGAAUUAAUGAGUGCAAAUCAAACAUUCAAUGA